AUGCGGCAUUAUGAACAUCACAUUGAACUCAAGCCAGAGGAAGGGCCAGUGAAUGUUAGGCCAUAUAGAUACCCACAAUUCCAGAAGGACGAGAUUAAGAAGCUGGUUGAAGAGAUGCUCACUGUCGGGAUCAUUCAGCCCAGUAUAAUCUACAGCUCUUCUUUAUAUGAUCAUGUGCAUCAUCUAUCCAUGGUGUUGCAAGCUUUGGAGGACAACCAAUUUAUGGCCAAUCUUAAGAAGUGUACGUUUGGAGCAAAGCAAAUAGAUUAUUUGGGGCAUAUCAUAUCAGAGCAGGGAGUGGCGGUAGACCCUUCAAAGGUGGAAGCUAUGCUCCAAUGGUCGCCACCAACAACAGUCAAGCAACUCAGGGGAUUCCUUGGGUUAAUGGGUUACUACCGCAAGUUUGUGCCUCAUUAUGGUUCGCUGGCUUUCCCUCUAACACAGCAACUUAAGAAGGAUAAACUAUAG